GUUAAUUUCGUAUAAACAUUAAACCAGUCUAGCACCAUAAGCUACAGAAAACUUCGGAAAUUCCGAAAUAAAGUGUUGUUACUUUAAUAGCGAAACAAGCUAUGACCAUAAUAUAACGGAAGUCUAAGUGACUGAGAAAAUAAAAGGAGAAAAUGUCAGACUCAGAUUUGCCCGAUCUUGUUGAAUCAUCAGAUGACAGCAGUGAGGAUAAUGAACAAUCCCAGAAAGGUUUAACAUAUGCUGAUACUUGGCUGAAAAAGGGAGAUAAAUAUCUGGAAAAGCAGGAGUUGUGGAUGAGAGUUUUCUCCCUUGCACCUUUCUUGUUUGGUGUUAACAACAUCAUAUCAUCAGCUUGGAAUAAAGCAUUGUUAAAUGCUAAACUGCUGCUUAAUGAGAGAAGUUACAGGGAUCAUCGGUCAACUUAUCUAGAAUGGCAGGAAUGGGAUAACUUGGACCUUGUUGAUCAUGUAGUCUCAGAAGUACAGAUACAUCUUAGAGACCGAAAUCGUUUAGCAAAGAGUUUGGAUUGUGCUGAAAAACUGGAUGAUUGCAAAGACGGUGUAGUAAUAGAUGUUGACCUGGCCAUCACUGAAGCUGAUAAAGUGACGGAGAUUUCAGAUUUAUGGAGGAGUAUAUUAAAAAAUGAGCUAUCUAAUGGGAAGGAAAAAGCAGCAAAAUUUGCAGUUCUCUAUGUGAUACGAAUAUAUCGAGAACAUGUCAUAUUUCAAUGUGUGAGGUCCAUUGAUUUCAUUGAAGAUACAAAGAAGAAGUUCAGACCAACCAACCUGAUGCUAAAGAAUACUGAAGACUAUAAGAAGAUAGGGAAUGAGUAUUUUAAGCGGGAGGAAUUUAGUGAGGCAGUGAUGUCCUAUUCUUUGGCUAUUGUAGAAGAUCCUUUUAGUCAUGUAUAUUAUGGAAACAGAGCUCAAGCAUUUAUAUCCCUGAAGCAAUUCAAGGGUUGGGGCCACUAUAGAUAUGCAUUAGCAUUUAACGAACUUGGACAACUUGACGCUGCGAUUAGAGUAAACAAGAGGGGCUUAGAGCUGUGUAGAAAAUCCAGUAACCAGGACUAUCAGAAUGUGAAGGACCUUGAAUCACAGGGGGAAAAUUUUUGUCAAAAUAGAAAAAGUGGAAGUGUGUUGACCCCAAUACCAAAAGACCUUGGUGAUAAACUUAACUUGUAUCCGAGUCCCCAAACUGAUCUGGCAGAGAAACUUGGUUGCAAUGUUCCGGGUAAAACAAGGAAAAUAAUCGAUGAGCGUAAAAGUAAAGGAUCCAGCGACUCAGACUCUGAUACAUCUAGUUCACAUGACCAUAAGAAGGUAAAGCGAAAGAAAAAAACAAAAGGGAAGUCAAUUCCAAAAGAUAUAUCAUCCAACUCAGACAAAGGCAAAGAAAAGACAGAAGAGAUGGUAAUCCCCCAGGAGAAACGUAAUGGAAAUGAUUCACUAAAGAACGCCAAAUUAGAACUACAACAACAAAAAGAGGAAUUUAAGACGUACCUUAGUGACGCCUUGGACUCGUUAAUGAAACAGGCAUACAAGAAAGCUAUGUCAAGCUAUCAGAAGGCCUUAGAUCUUGUUGUUUUAAAUGGCAAUCAGAAGGAAUUUAGUAUGGAUGAUUCGGACAUGCUGACAUUGAAAUAUGCCUUCAGUAUAUCAGCUAUUGGUACCUGCAACUACAAGAAUAUACUAGAUGGUAUAGAAAAACUGGAGGAGAUCAAGGAUUAUUGUGAGACACAUGAUGAUGUGAAGUUUCCCGUGCUUUACUAUGGUCUCGGCAAGGCUUAUGUUAGCCUAAACAGGUUCCCGGAAGCACUGGAGCCAUUACAAGAUGGGUACCAGGUAGCUAGUAGUGUUACCUACCCACUGGUAACCUGGCCAGGAACCAAACAACUCAUUAAAGAGACAGAUCCAAAUAUUCUACAGGAUAGUUUAAAAAAUCUGCUACAGUUAUGUAAAUUUCCACCAACACCGGAUGCUGUGUGCAGGAAUCAUAUGGACACUUCUGAUAAACGUACAGUAAUCUAUCUCACAGACCCAGAUUUCAAGGGCUACAUACAGAUUAUAUGUCAGAUGCAUUGUGUGGUCACAUUCCAUCAAGUUUGUUUCAGGUCGUACAAAAAUAGCUUGAAUAAACAAAGUGAUAAGGAUGUUUUAGACACCAUAUGUCCGACACCAGAUUGUGCGUGUUUCAUCAUUAAAGUACACGUUGUCAGAUCUGACAGUCUCUCUAAAGAGUAUCUCUCUGAGAAGUAUUCUGAUAUGAAAGAUGGCAAAAGCAAGAAACCUGUGGAAAAGCAGAAGACAACAAAUGAAACUAAGAUUGCUAAAAAACAGGAUAAGAAAGAUAAAAGGAAGCAGAAGAGAAAAGAGUAUAUAGAUCAAGAAUAUCUUACAAAUAAACAGAAAAAUGAAGAAUCAGAUGAAGUAAUUACAGAUGGAGCUAGUGCUAUGGCAUUUAUAGCUGACAUAGAAAAUGAGGUACAGGCACUCCCUGAUGUUAAAGACACCACUGUGCUUAAAAAAGAUUCUUUAGAUGUGCAGAAACCUGGAAAAAGCCGGAAAAAUAAGAAGAAAAGUAAGGACAAGACUAAACAGAUUCUAAAUGUGGAGGUGAACUUCUCUGAUAGAAGGGAGGAAACUCUUCUAAAUGAAAAUUCCGUUCUCAGUGACGAGGAAAAGGAGAAUAAAAACAAACCUGAGGCAGCCCUGAACCCAUUUUCUGUUCCCACUGAGCUGAAAACACAAAUAAAGGACUUUGAGAAGACAUACACCGGACCACCGAAAACAGCAUUGUUGUCUAAACCAGAUGAAGUUACAGAAAAUCUAUUUUUGUAUUUUGUUGAAAUUCUGAAAGCUAACGGACCUCUAGCUAUAGACGAUACUAGAAUUCAGCAGGAAUUAGAGGUGUUUCCUCCAGAAGCUUUAGAAAAGAUUAAAGCAGUGGGCGGAGUUGCAGACUUUUUAAGGCAGUCACUCAAAUUUGCUGUCAUUGACGAUGUUAUUUCACUAAUGUCUGACGCUGUACGCGCACGUGAAAUAGCUUUAAUUCGCAGACAAGAGCGUCAAAGCACGAAUACUGAGCCAGCUGUGCCUAAUGCCUGGAAAACAGUCGGAAAAAGUGUAAAUAAUGUUGAUGCAUUGAGUGAAAGUGUAAAAACUAACGCUAACUUACCAGGAUCUAUUUCUACUUCUUCAAGUUUAAAUUUUUCUGGAGUUAAUUCAAGUGUUAGUUUAACAACAUUAUCUAGUUACCCAAAUGCAAACAAUUCAAAUAGUGCUGUUCCAUUUAUGGAUUUACCAACUACGACAUCUUCUCAAAGUGACCGUCCAAUGCACUGGUCAGAAGGCGUCAGCAGUUUCGAUAUUAAAACGGUUAUUAAACCUCCGGUGCCUGUAUCAGUACCGGCUCCCAAACCAGUUCCUGUUCCUGUUAUUGACACUUUAGACUCAAUUGAUGAUUUACCUAUUGUAGAUAAUAGUUCACAUAAGUUGACAAAAGAUCUAGACGAUAUUGAUGAUUUAGACAAAAUUUCCGAAAGUGGAAGUGAACUCCGCGAUAGCCAGGAAAGUGGUGGCUAUAAGAACGGUUUAAAACUUGACCCUAGACUUGCUUCUUUAGAAAUCAGUAAAGUUGAUUCAAACAGUAGGUGUAGUUCUAAGUCGGAUAUCAGUGAUCCGAGUUACGGAAGUGCAUUUGGAAGUAUCGGUCAACAUCAGAAAGUGUCAAAUUUGUGGGACAAGAUGGACAGUGAUUUUGAUUCAUCUUGGGGUAAAACUAGUAAGGAAGAUUAUCAGAUUGGUGAGAAGAACAAUGUAGAAAGUGUUGCUAAUGAAGCAAAGAGACUUGGAGAAGAGUUUGUCCGGAAAUCUGACGAGACUUUUGUGGUGGAAUUAGCUGAAUCAGUUGUUAAUAAAUUGUAUGAAGGAAAAACAGUCACUGAAAGUGAACGCGCUUCAACCCUCCGCAAAGUGUCUGCUGACAUAUGGAAAGAUUUUGAAAGAAGUGCAAAUGCAGCAAAGAAAGGAGGGUCAAGUUUGUGGGCAAAUACACCAGCCGGAGUGGAUUAUAGUAAGAACAUGGGAAAGUUUACAACAGAUUUUAUGAAGAGACAUUAUAAUUCUGAAAGGAAUAUUGUUUCCCCAACCUCAGAUUUGAGUGCUUUGCAAACUCAAAAACCUCUAAUGACUACAGAUAGUUUUAGUUCUUUUACAAAUAAUUCUGGUUUUAAUUCCACAUAUCCUUGGCCAGAUGGGAAAUCCACUGUGGACCCUCAGGGGCCGUCAUCAAUUUCAUCAAAUUCAGGAUAUACUCUUUUUUCUGGCCCCACUUGGGGCUUUGAUUCUUUUAAUAGCAAUUCAAAUACUAGUGUUUCACCAGUGAUAGCCCCUCCUCCAAAAUCUGUAUUGCCCCCUCCCCAUCAAGGACAUUUUGUUCGACCUCCAUUAGCUGUUUCAAGUUAUUAUCAAAAUCCAAAUAUUCAGGUGCCUUUUCGACCACCGCCUCGUUUACCAAUGCCUCCACCGAUGGGAAUGCCAUUCCCACCUCAAAUCAGAUUUGAAAAGAAAGACAAAGACAUUCAAGCCACUGUACAAGUUAGUUCAGUAGAAACAAUGACAGAAGAGUAUGAACCUUAUAAAAUGGAAUAUUUUCAAAUGAAGGAAAGCCGUGAUGAUGCUAUAAGGGUAAUGGCAGAGAGUAAAGCCCUUUAUGAGAAACUUAUUCAUGAGCAUAAAGCAAAAGAGCAACAAAUUAUGGUUUUAGAAGCUGAUAUUAACAACAAAGUGGGAAUGUUUGAACUAGAGAAAAAAUCGUGGAAAAAUGAACGAGAAGCUUUUAAAGAUGAAAUAAAACGGCUCCAGGACCAAGUAUUUGCCAAAGAGAGUCAAGAUAAAGAACUGAAGGAGAAAAUGAUAGGGCAAGAAAGAAGAGUUAAUGAAUUGGCAAUUUUAGCUAAAGAUCAAAGAGAUAAAGAUUUGACUGAGAUCAAGAAGUGUAUGGACAACGCUGAAAAGUUACGACAUAUGCACGAAUCACAACUCCAACGUGCCAUAUCUGCCGAGACGGAAAUACUGAAAGUGAAGUUACAAGCUGCUAAAAGUGUCCUUGAGCGAGCUCAAAAAGAGGCGACAUUCCAUCAACAGAGAUUGUCUAGUUUUGUACAAAAACACGAGGAAGAAAAUAAACCUAUCCCACAAGCCCUUCAACAGGCUCUAGACUUUAUGACGUCAGCAGUGAAGAAAUCCGAGGAAAAUCUUAAAAACAUUGUGGCUGUAUAUGAGGAACAGAUUAUGAAAGUAAAAUCAGGAACUCUUCUAUCUGAGCUUGAACAAGUCAACAUUCCUAGUCCUACCUCAGUUCCAGAAUCAAUUCGGGGUUUACCAUUUAUGCAGAUGGGUAUGCCAGGUUUUAUGAUGCCAAGGAUGCAGUUUCCAAAUAGGCCUCCUUUCAAUAAUCAAGGUUCUCCGGUAGGUUCACCACAAUUAGCCAUUGGUCCUCCUGUAUCCAAGGUACCACCAAAACUCACAGAAACAGCUUCUAAGGCUGCGAUGCAGCAUAUGGCGCAAUCCUCGAUCAGUAAAGCUGGACCUCCUAACAGCACUUCUCAGAGCCUUUAUAACACAUCUGGUCAGCCACCUGUGCAGACCAUGCCUCGACCAUUGGUACCACCAAGUUUGAGUUUGGGAAUCUCCAAAUCAGAACCACCAAGAGCUCCCCUGGCGGUACCGAACAGACCUCCGUUACGGCCCAUUGGUGGAGUUGCUGCACAGAUGUCUAGCUUUGAUAAACUUGUUCUGAAAUUAAAGAUGACAUUCCCAGAUAAAUCCAGAGGGGAGAUAAGCCAGUUAAUUCAUACAUUACGUCAGAAGCGAGGCGGCUCUUUGUCCGGUAUGACAAUGGAGGAUAUUAUACAGAAGUUCGCCGAGUUAAUUGUCUCACAAGAUCAUCCGCAGCCGGGGAAUACAGAUAUACAGGAACAACCGACUGUUCAACAGAUGAUUGGUGGUAAACCUUUGGGACCUCCACCUGGCCUCAAUAGUUCUUGGGCUUUCAUGGCAGCAGGUGGGUCAAAGGAGGGACCGGGUAAGGGCUCUGGCGCAGAACUGUACAAUGAUGACGAGGACCCUUGUGUCAUAUGUCAUGAGGAAAUGAACCCGAGCUCCAUUGUGACUCUAGAAUGCGGUCAUCUCUUUCACGAUGAGUGUAUCAGGAAAUGGUUCCAGGAACAAAGUACAUGUCCAAACUGUCGUGUACAUACUCUCCUUUCAGAUGAGUUCCCAUCACUAGGCUAAUUGGAGGAAUUUAUACUAUAAUAUUGAGCCUUUAUAAUCUUUAUGAACUUUAUAAAGUUAAUAUGUUUCCGUUCUUAUUGAACAUUCAUGUGUUGAUUCAAAAUUCAAAU